CAGGAAGCAGCACUAUGUCUGCAUAUUGCCAAACACUCAGCGAUUGCGACAAGUGAUCAUUUGUCGAAGUUGUGUGUUGAGCAGUUUUCAGCUUGCAAAGCUGCUGCAAAUAUAAAACUAGGCAGAACGAAGUGCACCUACAUCAUUAAAAAUGUACUGGCAAUGCAUUUUAUUAGCGAUUUAAGAAGCGACAUCGGAGACUCAGGCUUUAGUCUUCUAUUGGACGAGUCUCAAUUUCUAUCACAGGAGCUGGAAAUUAGAAAAAUUUGCAUGGAAUUUGUUAAAGAAUUAAUAAUCCAACUACGUGAAAGGUUGCCAGAUAAUAUAGAAAUAAUGCAACUGGUAAAUUUAUUUUCUGUACAAAACAUGCUAAAAGUUUCAAAAAGUAAAGAAAUUUUCAAAGUAUUAGAAUAUUUUGAAUGUAAAAACAUUGAAAAUAUUCAAUUGCAAAUUGAAAAAAUUAAUUUUAUAAAAUGGGAGUUUGUAGAGGACACCAGCAAAUUUUGGACGGAAGUUAUUAAGUACAAAGACGCUGGAAAUAAUAAUCCGUUUAGCGACUUAGCGGAAUUCGCCUUAAAAAUUCUUUCUCUGCCGUGGUCGAAUGCAGAAGUUGAGCGGAUAUUCUCACAAAUGAACAUCGUUAAGAGCAAAUUACGCAACGCCAUGAGCCUUAAAACAUUAAAUGCAAUAAUGUAUAUAAGAUAUGGACUAGAAAGACAUGGCAAAUGUUGCCAUAAUUAUGUCCUGCCAAAUGAAUAUUUGAGUCAAAUAACAAGCAGUGAAAAAUAUUCUGAUGUAUGUGAAGCUGACGAGCUAGACAAUAUUUUAAGUAUCCUUUAGUUUAAGACUGAUUUAGUUUA